ACAAACUGACGUUCAAAGGCUGCACAAAGAUUAGCCAAAAAGUCACGUGAAUUAUAAUAUUAGCUAAUCGAAUUGUGUUAUUAAUCAUAGCAAUUGCCGGUAACUUGAAUUGCAGCACGUUAGGAUCGUAGUGUGGUAGAUAUUAAGGACUGGACAAAAUGGCUUUGGUAGGAACAUGGAAAUAUGUGUCUGCAGACAAACUUGAGGAAUAUAUGCAGGCAACUGGUGUACCAGAAAAUCUACGUGAGGUUGCUAGGAAGAACCAACCAACUAUGGAAAUUUCACAGAAUGGCGAUAAUUGGAGUAUAAAGACUAUAGUAGGAGACAAAAUUAAAGACAGUACUUUUACAAUAGGACAGGAAUUUCAAUCUACUUCCCUUAUUGGCCAACCCUUAAAGUGCGUUGUAACAAUGGAUGGAGAUAAAAUGGUGGAAACACAAAAAGAGGGUGCAAAUGAAGUUAUUGUCACACGUUCAGUGUCCGGUGAUGAACUAGUUUCAACGAUGUCAUUUGGAUCAGUAACUGCAACAGUUCGAUUCAAGAAAGCAUAAAUGGUUUCUGACUACGCUCGAAUUUGGCAAGCUUAAAUUAAACCAUGAUGCAGUACCGGCUGUAAAUUAUUCUUGGAUCAACGCAUAAACUUUGUAAUGAGUGCUUACAUAUUGUUUAUUUUAAGAUAAAUGCAUAAUAACAUCUUGUA